GGGAGAGGCAUCGAUCGAUCGAGAUACGUGGAAUACAAGAUGAUUUCUUGGUCGAGCCUCUACCAUGUGGUGGAAGCGAUGAUGCCGCUCUACGCGGCCAUGGCUCUCGGCUACGCAUCCGUCCGGAAGAAGGCAUUUACCCCGGAGCAAUGUGCGGGGAUCAACCACUUCGUCGCACUGUUGGCCGUCCCCUUGCUCAUCUUCCGCAUGAUCUCCUCCAACAAUCCUUACACGAUGAACAUCCGGUUCCUCGCCGCGGACACGCUGCAGAAGGUGAUCAUCCUCGCUGCCCUCGCUGCAUGGGCACGCUUCAGUAACAAGGGCUCGAUCGCAUGGGUCAUCACCCUCUUCUCCCUGGCGACGUUGCCCAACACGGUGCUUAUGGGCGUGCCGGUCCUCCGCGGCAUGUACGGGCCAAUGUCCGAGAACCUAAUGGUCCAGAUCGUCGUCCUCCAGUUCGUUGUGUGGUACGUGCUGGUUGUGUUCUUGUUCGAGUACAUGGCCGCCCAGAAUGCCUUCAUGGAGCAGCAGCAGAUGUCGCCACCACAAGCCAAUGGUUCUCACUCGGUGGACAUACCUGCUGUUAAUGCUGAUGGCAGUGACCCCGAUGUUUCAAUUGCACAAGAAGAGACGACACGACCAUCAGGGAUGCUCAUUCUGAUUAUGGCGGUCAAGAAGAUUCUCAAGAUCCCAAGCACAUACGCCAGUUUGCUUGGCUUGUUUUGGUCAUUGAUCGCUUUCAGAUUUGGUAUCAAAAUGCCAGCGAUCAUAGACAACUCAUUGUCAAUUAUUUCAGUAUCAGCAAUUGGCUUGGGCAUGUUCAGCGUUGGUGCCUUCAUGGCUCAACGGAAGAAAUUUAUUACAUGUGGAUAUUAUCUUGCCGUCUUGGCUAUGGUUAUGAGGUUCCUUAUAGGCCCCAUCGUUAUGCUUGUAUCAUCGUUUGCGGUCGGUCUUCAGGGUGUGUUUCUAAACGUAGGCGUUGUCCAGGCCGCUCUUCCUCUUGCUGUACUUUCAUUUGUUUACGCGGAGGAAUACAAUGUGCAUCCGGAUAUCAUGAGUACAGGGGUCAUUGUGGGAAUUUUCAUAUCUGUUCCCCUGACAAUCCUCUACUAUGUUCUAUUGGGACUAGAAAGGUGAGACGCGGCAAUCAUAGCAUCUCAUCAACCUAAACGAAAGACGCAGUUUUCUCUAAAAGUUAUGUACCACAACAAUAGGACAGGUGACUGAAGAAUAACAGUGUUGUUGUUACGCUUCUGAGAUCAAACUUUAGGAGUCGGACAAAAAUAACUUCCAAGCUGCGUUCUUGGAGCUUAACAUUGUGUACUUGAGAUGUGAAGGAAAAGUUAUCCUUCAUCAAAGGACAGAUGUACAUUGCAGAUGAUUGGUACUUAGUUUUGAUAUGGUUCUUAUACAACAAUACCUUAACCUGGGAUGUCGAGAGAGAGAGAGAGAGAGAGAGAGAGAGAGAGAGAAUAGUAA